AUGAAGAACAAGAUCAUGUUCGGAACGAAAGAAGAGUCAUCCGAAGCUCCGUGGGCCGUCCCGAUUGAGGUUUACAGAGAAGAAGGGGUCAUGCAUUGUAGUGGUACUCUAGUAUCUUCUCGUCACGUCAUCACUGCUCGACAUUGUUUUGUAAGAGAUGCAGAUGACAAGUCGUUUACUUAUGUCUACAACGAGAAAAACAUUGAUCUUUCAAACUGCCGAGGAGAUGAUUACAUUGUUCCACCCAAUAGAGGUGAAGCUGACAUUCAUUUUGCUACGAGGUGUAGAGAUAGUGAAGCUUGUGAAAAAAUCAAAUUGAAUACAGAUCUAGUCACCAGGAAACCAUCUUUGGUUGUUUUACCUGGAAUAUGUGGACUCGAUUUAAAAAGAGAUGAAUAUCAGGAUGACAUAGCAAUAAUAGAACUGGAUGAAGAUGUUCUGUUCUCUGAAAAAAUUCAUCCAAUCUGCAUCGAUCAUGAAAAUUAUGGGCGUCAUAGUUCGAAUGUUACCAUUUAUGGCUUCGGUCAUGAUCGUAUGCUUUUGACUCUUUUAUCGUUUUCUUACUUCAAAAUUUCAGCGUCAGACAAAAGAGUUUCUACUGGAAUUCUCAGAUCUGAAAGCAGUCACAUGAUACGAUGUCACCUAUCCGAGAAGUACCUCUGCUCGUUCAGUUACAAUACUAUUCAAUUGGGAUGUAGAGGAGAUAGUGGAGGAGGGGUCGUGUUGGAGAAAGGUGACAAACUAAUCUUGAUAGCAGUUUUGAGCAGAGGAGAGCCAUGUAAUGUAGAAAGAAAGAAUCAAGCAGAUAUACACGCAUCUGUUCACGAGUACUUGAAACCAAUUUGCGAGUAUACCGGAAUCUGUAAAAUGUCGGGAACCUAA